AUGGAGGAAGGAGCUAGCAGUCCAAAGCCUAUAUUUGUCAGUGCUUCGCUAACACCGCAAGAAUUAGAAGAAUACACUCAACUUUUGCAAGAGUAUCGAGAUGUAUUUGCAUGGAGAUAUCAAUACAUGUCGGGUUUGGACCCAAAGGUCACAAUUCACAAACUUGGGAUACCUGAUGAGACUCGAUGGGUGAAGCAAGCUCCACGUCAUUUUCGGCCACACCUAACGAUACAAAUAAAAAUCGAGAUUGACAAGCUUAUUGCCGCUGGUUUUAUCUAA